UGUCGUGUCAAAAUAUUUUUGUUUUGUUCUUGGAAUAUUUAAUAAAGUAAUCGGUUAUUGUGUUAUUAUUCUAAUGUUUUAUGUUUACUUUUAUUACAAACCGUACAUUUUGUUACACCUAAAGACUAUUUAUCAUAAUUAAUGAAGUUAAAAUUUCAUCCAACUUGUUACUGUAUUAGUCAUGUCAGAUUGCGCGCUGGUUACCAAUGUAAGCGAACACGAUGCGAGCAUGGAUGUGGGGAGCGACAAGUCUCUAUUCGAGCCUACUGUUGAUAUGAUGGUCAAUGAUUUCGAUGACGAGAGAACUUUAGACGAAGAAGAAGCUUUAGCUGCAGGCGAGCAACAGGACCCUAAGGCCGAGCUCAAUAGCCUUCAGAAGGAGGGAGAUAUGCCUUUAGAGGAACUCCUGGCUCUGUACGGUUACGACAGAAACAUGGAAAAGCCAAUUCCUGACCAAGUUCCAGAAGUAGUUCCUGAGGAAACUGAGAGAACGGAGAGGGCUGAGAGGACUGAGAGAAAUGAAUCUGCCCUUUCCCAAUUAUACAAUGAGAAUGCAAACCCUGAAGCUACUAGAUGCCUUCGGUCUGGCUCAAGGCCUCCCUCUGAGGAGGAAGAUGAUUAUGAUUACAGUCCAGAUGAGGAAGACUGGAAAAAAACUAUAAUGGUUGGUAGUGACUAUCAAGCUGCUAUACCUGAGGGUCUAUGCAGCUAUGAUGAUGCAUUACCUUAUGAAAAUGAAGAUAAAUUACUAUGGAAUCCUUCUAUUCUUGAUGAAAGAAUCACUGAAGAGUACAUGCGAAAAGUGUGUGCUCUGAAUUUAGGCACCGGGAUUGAAUUAAUUCCAAAAGGAAAACAGCUUCGUGAUGAUGAAGAGGCCCUGUACUUAUUGCAACAAUGUGGCCACAAUGCAGAGGAAGCCUUGAGACGGAAACGCAUUUCUGCACAAACUCCACCUCACGCAAGUCUUUGGUCAGAAGAAGAAUGCCGAAAUUUUGAAAAUGGCCUAAAAGCACACGGAAAAGACUUUCACUUGAUAAGGCAGAACAAAGUACGAACUCGGUCUGUCGGAGAACUCGUCCAAUUCUACUAUAUUUGGAAAAAAACUGAAAGGCAUGAUAUAUUUGCAAAUAAGGCUAGAUUGGAGAAGAAAAAGUAUACUUUGCAUCCUGGUCACACUGAUUACAUGGAUAGGUUCUUAGAGGAGCAAGAGGCAAGUGGAGGAAGUGUGGUGCGACCUGCAUCUCCAUCGCCCAUGAUGGACUAUGCAACCUCUCCUGUCACUCAACCCGACCCUCUUGCUCUUGGUGAGAAAGAAGUAUUUUCACAGUUAAAUACACAUAACACACCCCCGAGGGCCAUGUCGACAGAAGAACCAGAAGCAGACACUGGACCGUAAUUUUAAUUUCUCACUUUGUAGAAUGCACUGUUUGUAAUAUACUUAAGUAAAUUUUAAAUUAGAAAGAUAAAAAAAUGCUGUAAUAUGUGUUUAAUUCUGUGUUGAUUUUAUUUGAAAUAGCUUUUGCUAAAUUGUAUAUUUCAACCUAAAUAAUGAAUAUAGUUUAUAGUUUAUAUGUCAAUAUUCUUACUGUAGACUUAAACUAUAAGCAGUGGUUGUUUAUGUACGUUAGUAUAAUAAUGUUCAUUGAAAAAAAUGUAGAAUGAAGAAUGUCUCACUAUAAUCGUUGAUUCAGGUGUAUUGUUCAGUAACCGUGAAGCAUGGAGCAAGAGCUUGUUUUUAAGUCACAAAAAUAAAGUAAUUUUUAAAAGUUUAAAAUUCUUUAGGAAUAUUAUCCAUUAAUACCUAAUGUAGGUUAGUAUAUAAAUAUAUCAAUCUUAAUGUUAAAAAAAUAUAGGUAUAGAAUUCUAUCAUUUUCUGUAGAUGUGUAUUAAGCUCUUGUGACAUAGCUUUCAAGAAAUCAAUUUUAAUGAUUUUACAUAUUUAAUUUUGGAUUAUCCAAUUUGUAAUUUAAAUUAGUAAUUUUCUAAAAUCUGUAUACUCUUUAUAGACACAGCUAUUGUGUUCAUUAAUUUUCUUAACAAUGCAAACUAUAAAAGUGAGUAAAUGCUUGUGAGAUUGUACACAGCGAAGGCUGCUUAGUCAGGGAUGACUAUAGAUUGUUUCGAACAACUACUAACAUAGAUAAGACAUUUAGAAACUUAUUUUUUUUAACACCUAUAUGAUACACAGACCUGUUUUUGUUCAUUUUUUUUUAACACCUAUAUGAUACACAGACCUGUUUUUGUUCAUUCCUCAUCUGCAUGGAUGCAUAAAUUAAAAAUCGCCUAUCUUUUGUUUGUUAUUGUACACAUAAUUAUUAUUGUAUCCAUAAAUAGUACCUAAUUUUCUAAUUUCAUAUAUUAAAUACCAAUCUCAGAUUUAAUUCACUGUUUCAUACAUACAGAUAGAUAGGCUGCUGAAAUUAUCAGGGUUUAUUUUAUUGCCAUUUUGCUAUGGGAUUUUAAAACGUAAUAGACCUAAAAUAAGAUAAAUUCCCUUAUUCAUAAAUCAUAUUGACAUUAAUUAUUUCUACAGUAUUUUUAUAUUUCUGACUGGAUUUUAUUUAAAUGAAUGAGUAUGGUGGUUUAUUAGCAUUUGAUUUGUACAAUGUACAAAAUAAUAUUAAUUUGUUAAUAAUAUUUGUGAAUAAGGGAGUAAAAUAAUUAAAUUAUGAAUUUAUGAAUGUACCUGUCUAUAUCUAGAUGGGUGUCGUAUAAAAUUGUGGAUUAUUUCAUGAAAAUAAACAG